CAGCAACAGAAGCUUGCUUGCCAGGAACAGUGCCGAGCGCAGAGGAGCAGUGCUUUUCUUGUCAAUCAACGUGUGCUCAACAGACUCAGCGAAGCAGAGAAGCAGAGUUCAUUCAUUCAUCCACAAGAACACCUGCAGCAGAAGUCGAACAUCCCUGCCACUCACCCUUCCGUCGACAAACAAACACCGCCUGCGACAAUGUCCUCCACGCCACAGCCAACAACUGCAAGCACUGCAACCACAACAGCAGCAGCGCCCAUCUGCACGGAUGGCGUGAGCACCUCUGCCAUCAAGCGGUUCAUGUCGCAGAUCAAGGAUUAUCACCCCAACAACUAUGAGGAGGUGACGACGUACGAUGCGAGUGUCAAGCCUGUUAUCCACAAGACAAAGGAAUGGAGGUGUUCGUACAUCGACCUGCUGCGCAGAACAAAGCCUGAGGAAGUGGGACCAGCCACUGUGUUCGUGUCGCACGCAUGGCAGUACAAGAUCUCCGACGUCCUCACUACCAUGCUGGAGUACGCCGAGGAGGAGGAAGAGAGAAAGCACAAAGAUGAAGAUGGAACCAAGCACAGCAAGCAAGAGACGUUCUUCUGGUUUGACCUUUUCUACAACAACCAGCACAAGGAAGCGCUUCAGGGCCUGACGCCAGAACAGAUUGGCGCCCCGUUCAAGAGCGCCAUUGCAUCCAUUGGCAAGGUGUUGCUGGUGCUGACGCCAUGGAACAACCCCGUCGCACUGGCACGUGCGUGGUGCCUGUGGGAGAUCUUCUGUGCCAUCAGCCAGGAAAGCGACGUUGGGUUGGAAAUCAGGCUGCCACAACACCAGCGCAUGGAGCUGAGGGAAGCCGUUCUCGAAGACCACAGGGCAAUCACCAACAUGCUGGUUGAGGUGCAAGCGGAGAAGGCGCGUGCAACUGUACCAGCCGACAAGGGGAUGAUCUUCCAGGCGAUUGAGACCAGCGUUGGCUUCGCUGAAGUGAACAAGGCGGUGAAAGGACAGAUGCGCGCCUGGUGUUUGAUGAUGGCAAGGUCGUUCGUGGAGGAGAUGGAGAUGGGCGGCAAAGACAGUUCGGCUGAGUUUGCACGCAUGUGCAACAGAAUUGGCCUGGUCAUGGAGAGCUUUGGAGAGCACGAAAGAGCAGAGCAGUUGCUUCAACGAGGCCUGGGUGUUGAGUUGGAAAUGUUGGGGGAGAAGCAUCCAGACACAGCAACCACAUACGGCAACCUGGGCGGGGUGUAUAAGAGCAAGGGUGAGUAUGACCGUGCUCUGGAGUACUGCAAGAAGUGCCUGCACAUCCGACUGGACACGUUGGGGGACAAGCAUCCAGACACAGCAGCCACAUACAACAAUCUGGGUGGGGUGUAUAAGAGCAAGGACGACUAUGAUCGCGCCAUCCACUACUAUGAGGAGUGCCUGCAGAUACAGCUGGACACGUUGGGGGAGAAACAUCUGCCCACAGCAACCACAUACAACAACCUGGGUCAGGUGUACAAAAACAAGGGUGAGUAUGACCGUGCUCUGGAGUACUGCAAGAAGUGCCUGCAGAUCCGCCUGGACACGUUGGGGGAGAAGCAUCCAGACACAGCAACCACAUACAACAACCUGGGUGGGUUGUACUACAGGAAGGACGAGUAUGCCCGCGCGAAACAGCUGAUGCAACGAGCUGUCGACAUCUUGAUGGACACGCUUGGCCCAGACCACCCACACACCAAAGAUGGGCAGCAGAAUUUACUUGCACUGCGUCUGCAGGAAUUCAUUCGUCAAGCUUCACAACACCAGUCUCCCCCAACCCCCUCUGCACAACAGCGACAACUCCCCACACAGCGCAACCUCCUGCUCCGCUUCAUGUCCGCCCAAGUAGCCCACCAAUCCUCUGCAGCUCGUCGCAACUUGAUCCUGCGCUUCCUCUGCUCAGCACUGCAUGCACACACGUCCCCAGCCUCUGCGGGGCGAGACUGA